AUGAACAUCCUCAGGAUCAAAGCAAUGUCAUCUCGAACGUCGUCGAAGUUUUCGAUAUGGGUUUUCAUCCUCGCAGUCCCGAUUUUUCAAGUAACAUGCUCACCGGGAGAUUAUUCGCCGGGUUAUCAACGAUGUGUGAAUUACUGCAAUUUCGAAAACUGUUAUACGGUCGAUAACGAGCCCAAAGAACUACCCUUCACUCUCAAGUUAUUCCAUUGGACCUGUACGGAUAAUUGUGCUUAUCAAUGUAUGCAUGAUCUCACCCAAAAAGUUCUCAAGCUACCAAGAGCAGUCCCCCAACCCGGCCAAACCUUUGAAGGCUGGUGGGAUGAGCCAGAUUGGGAGCCCGGGACCGAAUUAGAAGGAUUACCCCCUGGAAGGAUUGUCCAAUUCCAUGGCAAAUGGCCAUUCAAGCGGUGGUACGGUAUUCAGGAACCUCUCUCAGCGCUCUUCAGUCUUCUGAACUUUAUGGCAUACGCCGUUUCGUACCGGACAAUGAAGCGACUCAUCCCUCUCGGAUGGCCCCUACGCGCUCACUAUCUCGGCGUGGCUAUCGUUGGCAUGAAUGCCUGGAUCUGGAGCAUUCUCUUCCACUGUCGAGACAAACCAUGGACCGAACGUUUGGACUACUUUAGCGCGGCCGCCUAUUCACUCUACGGACUCUAUGUAUCUAGCGUCAGGAUCUUCAGAUUGUACCCGACCCAGGCUCGUCAUUAUAUCCCACUCGAUCAACGGCUGUACAUCGGUAGUCAGCUCAAGUUAAUCAUGAGUGCGAUGUUUUUGGUUCACAUCGCAUUUCUCAGCUUUGGCGAACGGUUUAAUUACAAAUACAACAUGGCUGUCAAUGUUAUCGUCGGAGUCUUGACGAUCUUACUCUGGUUAAGUUGGACGGCAUCUCAUUCUCAUCGACCUCCGAAGGAACUUGGGAAGCUGCACGAGGACGACGAUGACCUGGUGUCUUCGCCCACCCAGUCUGAGCAGUCGGAGUCUCCCCCAACAUCACCAUCUCGAUCAAAAGGUUUCUUCUCAUCUAGUUGGAUCUCUCUCCUAUAUGAGUCAAUUCCAGCCGUAACAGAAACAGGGAUCAAGCCGCCUUACGUUUCUAAACCGAUCGUCCCACUAGUCUGUCUGAUCGGUGCUGGAUCACUAGAGUUACUCGACUUCCCACCUGUCUGGAAUAUGAGCUUGGAUGCCCAUGCUCUCUGGCAUCUUGCUACGACCCCUCUAGGUUGGAUUUGGUGCGUCGGAUUUCUUGCUCAGGAUGCUCAAUGGGAGUCUCAAUUUGUCGAAGGAAUCAAUCAACCUGGACCCGACUUGAAAGAAACCGGGGCCACGUCUAGAGCAUCACCAUUAAAAUCCUCUCCCACCCGCAACUAG